CUCUGGCAGUAGCUAUUGAUGGAAGAACACGGGGUGACCCAAACAGAGCACAUGGCCACCAUCGAGGCCCACGCAGUGGCCCAGCAGGUGCAGCAGGUCCAUGUGGCCACCUACACAGAGCACAGCAUGUUGAGUGCGGAUGAAGAUUCACCAUCAUCACCAGAGGACACAUCCUAUGAUGACUCUGACAUCCUCAACUCCACGGCGACCGACGAGGUCACUGCCCACCUGGCUGCAGCAGGCCCUGUGGGGAUGGCAGCAGCUGCUGCUGUGGCAACGGGCAAGAAACGGAAGCGACCCCACGUGUUUGAGUCCAACCCCUCCAUCCGCAAGAGGCAACAGACGCGUUUGCUACGGAAGCUGAGAGCCACGCUGGAUGAGUACACCACCCGAGUGGGGCAGCAGGCCAUCGUCCUGUGCAUCUCACCCUCCAAACCCAACCCUGUCUUCAAAGUAUUCGGUGCUGCACCCUUGGAGAAUGUGGUCCGCAAGUACAAGAGCAUGAUCUUGGAAGACCUGGAGUCGGCGCUGGCCGAACACGCUCCCGCGCCCCAGGAGGUUAACUCAGAGCUGCCACCUCUCACCAUCGAUGGCAUCCCUGUCUCAGUGGACAAGAUGACCCAGGCACAACUGCGAGCUUUCAUCCCUGAGAUGCUGAAGUAUUCCACGGGUCGGGGGAAACCAGGCUGGGGCAAGGAAAGCUGCAAGCCCAUCUGGUGGCCUGAGGACAUUCCAUGGGCCAACGUUCGCAGCGACGUCCGCACAGAGGAACAGAAGCAGCGGGUGUCGUGGACCCAAGCUCUGCGGACCAUCGUGAAAAACUGCUACAAGCAGCACGGGCGUGAGGACCUGCUCUAUGCCUUUGAGGACCAGCAGACACAGCAGCAAACAACCACCACGCACAGUAUAGCCCACCUGGUGCCCUCACAGACAGUGGUACAGACCUUCAGUAACCCUGAUGGCACCGUGUCCCUCAUCCAGGUUGGCACUGGUGCCACAGUGGCCACGCUGGCCGACGCCUCCGAGUUGCCAACCACAGUGACCGUCGCACAAGUCAAUUACUCUGCAGUGACUGAUGGAGAGGUGGAGCAGAACUGGGCAACGCUACAGGGGGGUGAGAUGACCAUCCAGACGACGCAGGCAUCGGAGGCCACGCAGGCGGUGGCAUCGUUAGCAGAAGCAGCAGUGGCAGCAUCUCAGGAGAUGCAGCAAGGAGCAACUGUUACCAUGGCACUCAACAGUGAAGCAGCUGCCCACGCAGUAGCCACGCUGGCUGAAGCCACUCUCCAAGGUGGAGGACAAAUUGUCCUAUCUGGUGAAACUGCAGCAGCAGUAGGAGCACUUACUGGAGUCCAAGAUGCCAAUGGUCUCGUCCAGAUCCCUGUCAGCAUGUACCAGACCGUGGUGACCAGCCUGGCCCAGGGCAAUGGCCCCGUGCAGGUGGCCAUGGCACCCGUGACCACCAGGAUAGCGGACAGUGCUGUCACCAUGGACGGGCAGGCUGUGGAAGUGGUGACCUUGGAACAGUGACCAUGGCCACACCAGGAUCAUGGGUGAUCUCUAUGAUUCUUUUUUUUUUUUU